AUGGAGCUAAUGAGAUCGUACAAUCUUCCCACGCCAACAUGUUACACAGCAACUACACCUGCAGAUGCGGAACAGAUUUAUAGAAAGUUGAAUCCUCCCGACAAAGCCAACAAUAAGGAUGCAGCCGCCAUUAUCAAAGCGCAGGUCCUCACGGGUGGACGCGGCAAGGGCCACUUUGACAAUGGAUUUCAAGGAGGCGUCAAGUUUCUCAAGAGCCCAUUACAAGCCCGACAGGUAGCCUCGCACAUGCUAGGUGCCAAUCUGAUAACGAAACAGGCACCCAAUGGCUUACCGUGCCACAAGGUCCUAUUGCGAGAAUGCUUCGACUUGGACCGGGAACUCUACUUGUCCAUCAUUUCCGACCCCAAGUCGGGUGGUCCACUCCUCGUGGCAAGCCCCUGCGGUGGAACUUCUAUUGAAGAGGUGGCAGAGACCCAUCCAGAGUUCAUCUUUACACAAUCCAUUGACAUUGGGAACGGCAUUACUGAUGAACAAUGUCACAAUGUUGCCUUCAAUCUGGGAUUCCCGGUGGACUCUCCACUGUACGACCAAUGCGUCCAACUGGCUGGGGACCUCUACCACAUGUACACCGAGACGGACAGCUUGCAAGUCGAAAUCAAUCCCUUAGCAGAGACCCCGCAAGGGAAGCUCAUUGUGGCCGAUGCCAAGGUUGUCAUUGACGACCGUGCCAAGGAUCGGCAUCCGCACAUAUUUGCACAACGAGAUUUCUCUCAAGAAGAUCCACGCGAAGUCCAUGCCAGUCGGUAUUGCUUCAACUAUGUGGCCAUGGAUGGCAACGUGGGAUGCUUGGUCAAUGGCGCAGGUCUCUCCAUGGCCACCAUGGACUUGCUCGAGAGGAAUGGGGGCACUCCGGCGUGCUUUCUCGAUGUGGGAGGGUCGGCCGAAUCGGUAUCCAUUGAUGGAGCCUUUGACGUUCUCGACUGCGAUGACAGUGUCAAGGCCAUUUUUGUCAACAUUUUCGGUGGUAUUGUCCGAUGUGACUUGAUUGCCAAGGUACUGAUCACGUCCUUUCAAAAAGGCAAGGUCAACAAACCAACAGUGGUGCGCCUGGUGGGCAACCAUGCCGAGCUAGCCCUGGAACUCCUCCAAGCGGCCAAUAUUCCAAUGCUCACGGUGGAACUCGAUUGGGACACGGCGGCGCACAAGGUCGUGGAAAUUGCCAAUGAGUGUGAGCAGCCUUGUUUGCUUACCGAGGACGAGGAUACCGACGACAUGCUCAUGUAUCGUCGUGCGGAGUGA